UGCCCAGGCCAUCAAGGGCAUGCACAUCCGCAAGGCCACCAAGUACCUGAAGGAUGUGACCUUGAAGAAGCAGUGUGUUCCCUUCCGUCGCUACAAUGGAGGAGUUGGUCGAUGUGCCCAGGCCAAGCAAUGGGGCUGGACACAGGGACGCUGGCCCAAGAAAAGUGCAGAGUUCUUGCUGCACAUGCUCAAAAAUGCAGAGAGCAAUGCUGAGCUUAAGGGUCUCGAUGUGGAUUCUCUGGUGAUUGAGCACAUCCAGGUGAACAAGGCUCCCAAAAUGCGCCGGCGCACCUACAGAGCUCAUGGGAGAAUCAACCCCUACAUGAGCUCCCCCUGCCACAUUGAGAUGAUCCUCACCGAAAAGGAGCAAAUUGUACCCAAGCCAGAGGAAGAAGUUGCUCAAAAGAAAAAGAUAUCCCAGAAGAAGCUGAAGAAGCAAAAGCUGAUGGCUCGGGAGUAAAUCUGACACAACAGAUGUACAUAAAUAAAGUUUAAAAAAAACACUUUAA